GUAUGUGAAAGUGAAGAGAGCACAUCGUGAUGCCGUAUAAAUACGAGUGACAUCGAGGCAGCAGACACGUUUCCGGACAGGACCAGAACGAACAGCCAAACCAGAACGCCUCUAGAGUCCUUUGAUUGCAUUUCGACAGUAGCAGCUGUGUUCAAAAUGAAUCUGAUACUGACCGGGAUACUCGCAUUUGCUGCCUGGACGUCAGCUGUCGAACUUGAAACCGUCUACACGUGGAAGUACAUAGACUACGCCUGGCCAAACGAUUCCAGCAAAGUGGACGCGAUCAGCGCUGGACAGUAUAAUGCCAGCAAUAUCAUUCUAGCUGACUUGCAGCCCGUAGAAAAUGGUCUAAUGUUCGUUGCAACUCCAAGAUACUUCAAUAAUCCGGCCAGUUUGUCAAUCGUUUCGGAUCAGACUGGCGAUGGCGGUCCAUUGCUCGAGCCCUACCCAAGUUGGGAUUGGCAUACGUCGGACGACUGUACUGGGAUCACCAGUGUAAGCAGGGUAGCUACGGACGAUUGCAAUAGGCUGUGGAUCGUCGACUCUGGGAAAAUAGGGGACGAGCAGGUAUGUGAUGCGCAGAUAAUAGUGUUCGAUCCAAAAACCAACGAAACAUUGAUACGCGAGGAGAUCCCAUACAAUUUGACGUAUAAUUCGAAGAAUUCAAGUGAAGGGUGGCUUGAGAUACAAGUUGUCAAGACAGAGGGAGACUCGUGCGAAAACGUUACGGCUGUGAUCGGGGACCCAGAUGGACAUGGUAUUGUUAUUUAUAAUGGUACAAACAUGUGGCGGGUAGAAAAUGAGAUUUUCGCUCCGAACGAAACUGACUACCCCGAGGACACGGUUCUCAGCAGGGAAUGGGGAGUUUCAAAUUUCGUUAUGUUGCCGGAAUCAUUUGCUGUGGGACCAUUCGUAAUGUUCGGCCCUCUGCUUUCCAACGAUACAUAUGUAUUAAAAUUGUCCGACCUGAGAAGCGCGGACUCUGAUAUCACGUACUACAAAAGCAACCGUACGUUGCCGACCAUGGUGACUAGCAGGUCUGUUUCCGAAUCUGGUGUUUUAAUAGGCGGCUAUGUCGGGUGGCAGUGCGUUACCUGUUGGAACGUACAAAAUCCUAUUGCACUGGAUUACAUAAUCAACGUAACUGGGAACCCUUCCGCGCAAGAUACCUUUGCCGUCAAAGUGGUAAAAGAGUCGGAGGACGGCAAGGAUAAAUACUGGCAAAUAACCAGCACCGUACCGAAAUACACUUCGAGCACCUUGGACGUCAGCGUUGAUAAUUUCAUCAUCUCAUUCGUGGAUAUGGAUUCCCUUGUUAACGGAACAGCGUGCGAAGUACAGGAUACCAGCUCUAAUCGUACCAUCGAAGAUACGAACUUCGCUCCGUUGGCCGCCUGAUAUGCAAGGAAUCGUUUUAUAAUGUGACACCUCUACUAUGAUGGUUUUCGUUGCAUACCAUACUAUACAUACAUAUCUCUAUAUAUAAUUAUAUAUAUGUAUAUAUUCAUCUCUCCUUCCUUCUCUUAUUAAAUUCGGAGCAUCGUGUUUCGUUUUUUCCAAAUUGACCUGAAUAAAGUUAUUCGUUCUAUGCAUUAA